CAUACCACUUAUUGCGUGCUUUCAAAAUGCCCCUAACCGGCGAGGAUACCAGCAGUGAUUUUGCUCAUCAAGACAAGCAAAAAUUGAUAAAUGUGAGAAGAUACAUCAAAGGCCGCAUAUCACUUGUGGAAAAUGAGCUGGGGGACAUUUCUACCGUAAAAUCCACCGCCAUGUUGGAUGUUGCCGCCGAACGAAUUAGCAGUCUUUUUACGAGAUUGGAGGACGUCAAUCUCAAUUUGGAAUCGAUGGAUACUUCAGAGACCGCUGAGGGAUCGAAAAUCGAGUCAAGGUGUCAAAGAAUACUAACUGACAUUCGUGAACGUCGUGAGGCGCUGAAGCAUCAUUGUAACUCAUCGGCGAGUGACUCCGGAUCGACGCAAGAGCACCAGCAUAAACCGAAUCUUCCCAAGAUAUCGUUGCCCAAGCAGCCCAAGUUCAGUGGAAGUUAUGGAGACUGGCUGUCGUUCAAGGAUUUAUACGUCACUAUGGUACACGGAAAUGAAGAUUUAAGUCCCGUGCAGAAGUUCUAUUACUUGAAGUCGUGUUUGGUCGGCGAAGCUGCCUCUUUGGUUACGACUUUGGAAUGUACGAACGAAAACUACGUGAAGGCAUGGUCUGCGAUUACAUCAAGAUAUGACAAUAAGCAGCGCUGCCAAGCAUUAGAUAUGCUAUGCCGUGAUGAAGCAGUGAGCACUACAAAGGUCGUGCCUCCGGCAAAGAGCACUAGUCAUGUGACGGUUGGCAGCGGCAGAAGUGCAAAUGACAUGUAA